AUGUCAACGAAAAAUGAGCAGUAUUCGGUUGUAUUUCAGGUCGAAGAAGAUCCCCAAUGGACUCGUUACCUCUCUAUUAUGAGCAUAAAAGCUUUCGGUGAUGAGAUUGCUCUUUCGUAUUAUGCAUUCGGAUUUCUUAUCUACUACGCUACCGGACAGGCCUUCCGUCAUCGCGUGCAUUAUCUACUGCGUCGGUUGCUGAACAGCUGCGGUUUCCACUGCAAGCCAAUUAUGCGGCUUGGUGUUAGUGAUGAUUUCGAAUUUGUCCCUAACAAGCGAAGAGCAGUAAGAGGACAGACUGCCGGUACAGAACUUCGUUGCACUGCGGUACCCAUUGAAAAUUCCCCGCCACAAGUGACCAACGCAGUACAACCAAGGUCUCAGUUGGGGUGCUUGAACAACUCAGAACCCAUGUCAUCACUCGCCUCCUGGCAAGACACACAGGCCGGUUGCGUGGAGGUGCUAGCAAAGAAGCAUAAUCAAAAUCACACUUCCCAAGCUUUGCAUCCAUCUGCUGCAGAAAAGAGGCACAACGUCUGA